GCCAGAGGUCUCUCCCUGGCAAAGGAGGUGGGUGAAGAAGACGGGGUGGCACCUUCCUGAGGGUCCUCCACACCGACUCAGCCGUCCCUGCUGCUGACACUGUCUGAGUCGUCAGUGUUGCCGCAGGGGCGUGGCGUUGGGGGCGGCUGGUUCUCGCUAGAGCGCUCUCCCGUGCUGGACACAGCCGUGGCCGAGGCCUGCCGGUGCACGCUGGCCCAGGCACAAUGCCCAGCGUAUUUGAGACAAUCACCAAAGCGGUGGUCCACGAGAUGGAUGCGGGAGGCGAUAUGAUCGAAGUCAGGAGCAUCGUCGACGCCGACAGGUUUCAUUGCUCACAUCUGGUGAGGGGGAAGGCAGGUUUGUUCAGACCCCGUUACCACGGUACGGACCUCACCGUGGAGGACAUACUGGAGCCACUGGAUGGCGAGGAGCAGUUCGAUGCGCUGGAUUCCGGGCUCGCAGGUCAAAAGGCCAAGUUCCAAGUUGUGGAUAUGGUGGACUGCGCUGGGACGUUGACAGUGAAAUUGCCCAAACAAAUAACAAUCGAAGGGGGCUUCCAUGGGUCCCAUGAGCAAAGCAUCACGAUGUCGGGGUCCAGGAUAUCCCAGCAAUACCUGGAGUCCCUUGAGAACAGGAAGCUGAAGAGAAAACUCCCCGCUUCGUUUCUGUCGAUACAAACGAGGAGAGAGGACCUGUAUCUGGUGACAGAGACUCUGCAGACCACGAGGAAGGAAACCCUGAAGAGUGAACGGCAAUAUGCGUUUCUGAGCCAGUUGGACUUCUGUGGUCUGAAGUGUGAACGCAAGCACCAAAGGGCAGUAACCAUCCCCCCAAAUCUGGUCCUGGGCUAUCGAGUCAAGCAGCUCGUCUUCCCCAGCACGGAAAGGAUGAACAUUUGUUUCUCCGGAAAAACAAAAUCCUUUCCAGAAGAGGAAGAUGGUGACUCCUCUUGCUUAGGAAAGUCCUUGAGCUUGGAGGAUUUCAGAAACAUGGAGGAGAAGGUGCAGGGCGCAGUGGGGGGCCUCCAGGAUCUGACCGAAAAGGAGCGAGAAGACGUGCUGAGCUGCCUCACGAAGUGCCUCACGUCAGAUGAGGAGCUGCAGGCUCUAGAUGAAAGGGUGUCUGAGGUCCUGGUCUCCGGGGAGCUACAGAUGGAGGGCCCAGCAGAUCCCGUCAUCAGUAGCCUGUUUAAUGCUGCUGGGAUCUUGGCGGAGGCACGCGUAGAAGCCAUUCUGGAUUUCCUGGAUGCCUUGCAGGAGCUGUCUGAGGAGAGGGAGCUUGUGGCCGAGACCCUGAAGAAGGGGACCCUGCCCCUGUUGAAGGACCAGCUUUCACAGUCCGGCGGGGUGAAGUCUGUCCUGGAGCAGGAGCUGGGUGAGCAGCCCCGGGAUGUGGGCUGCGACCCUGAGGCUCAGACUGUCUGCGCCCUCUACCUUGUCGUCUCCGUCCUGCUGCAGCUGAGUGAGAAGCCUGCCCCCGUGUCUCCCUGCUAGCUCCUCAACCAUUCUCCCCACAGACCUCCCGGGCUCCCUCCCCGAGUCCGUCCUCACCCCACGCGCCAUUCCCCCAGUCACCGAAAUGCUAACCUUUCAAACAAGCAGCUGGCUCAUCUUCGAUGCGCCCCAUUCCCUCCGUGACAAUGCACAAAACCCAGGCUGGACUGCAUGCAUAGACUUCUGAUUAAAAUCGGAAAAUUGA